CUAAUCAUUGAAUUAUUAUGUUUAUUCUUGUGCUACAAUGGAGUGCCACUCAGCGUCAAUGCUGAGCGGAUAGCGUUGUUUUCCUUUUUGCUGUCCGUAGGUGAUCAGACAGAUGAACCUAAAGCCGAUCCCAGAGGGCAUUGAGGAGGAGAUGUACGAUGGCGUGGCUGUCUCUUUAAUCUGUAGUUAUGCUUUAUUUAAUUAAUUUUAAUGCUUAUUACGUUUUCGGGCAAGAUCCCAAGUUGUUUGACUUUAAAAAGGCUUCCGCAUUAUUUUAAAUUACUCCGAUGGAUUUUUAUAUGUAUUGAUAGAACGUUUGUUUAAAAUUGUAUUGAAAAUGUUGUAUAUUCGAAUCCCAAUCCAGUGGCACACCGGUCCGCUGUCUCACGGGUUUGGGUUAUGCGGGUUGGGGUGUUACAGUUUUAUUAAAAAAACAAUUUCUUGUACUCCGAUCAUCCUUUCUCAGAGAAAAAUCUUCAACCCUAGAAAACCUUCUGCAAAAGUUCGAUCAAUGGAGGCUUCCACGAAGACGUCGUCCAAGGGUGCCGGAGGAAGGAAAGGCGCCGGCGAGAGAAAAAAGGCCGUCACGAAGUCCAUCAAAGCCGGCCUUCAGUUUCCCGUCGGCCGAAUUGCUCGUUUCCUGAAGAAGGGCCGCUACGCACAGCGAUGUGGAACCGGCGCUCCUGUUUACCUCGCCGCCGUCCUCGAAUACCUUGCCGCCGAGGUUUUGGAAUUGGCGGGAAAUGCGGCUCGCGACAACAAGAAGACUCGGAUCAUCCCCAGGCACGUGCUGUUGGCGAUCAGGAACGACGAGGAACUGGGGAAGCUGCUGCAGGGAGUCACAAUCGCCAGCGGUGGAGUCCUCCCCAACAUCAACCCGGUUCUUCUUCCCAAGAAGACAGGAGCGGCGUCGGAGGAAAAAGCUUCCCAGAAAUCACCCAAGUCUCCGAAGAAGGCAUAGAAUUCAAGAUCUCUAUUUAAUUUGUUUUGAUGUAAAUCUGCCGUGCGAUGUGGUUUAAGGCCGCUGAUCUUUCAUAGUUUUAUGCUUUUGUUACUAGCAUCUGGGAAUAGAUCGAGCAGCUCACCUGGUUCGCUUCAGGUGUAUUUGUUUUAAUGAAGAUGAUUAUCCAAG